AUGGACAUCUUCUCGCCAUCACAGCUCUACUACGACAGCGCCUGUGCCUCCUCCCCGGACCCCCUGGACUUCAACGCUGAGAUGGCCGGCUCGGAGGAGGACGAGCACAUCCGCGUCCCCGGCGGCCCCCACCAGCCGGGCCACUGCCUCCAGUGGGCCUGCAAGGCCUGCAAGCGCAAGUCCAGCUUCGUGGACCGCCGGCGGGCCGCCACCAUGCGGGAGCGGCGGCGCCUGAAGAAGGUCAACCACGCCUUUGAGGCCCUGCGCCGCUGCACCUCGGCCAACCCCAGCCAGCGCCUGCCCAAGGUGGAGAUCCUGCGCAACGCCAUCCAGUACAUCGAGAGCCUGCAGGAGCUGCUGCACGAGCAGGUGGAGAACUACUACAGCCUGCCUGGGGAGAGCGGCUCGGAACCGGGGAGCCCGCUGUCCAGCUGCUCUGAUGGCACGGCCGACAGCAACAGUCCAGUGUGGCAGCAGAUCAGCUACAGCGGCAGCUUCCCCUACGCAAACAACGAGAGUGUGUUGGACAAGGCGGCGGCGGCCGGCGCGUCCAGCUUGCAGUGUCUCUCCAGCAUCGUGGACCGUCUGUCCACGCCCGAGCUCGUCCCUCGGGCUGUGUCGUCGCCCGCUGGCUCCGACUCACAGCCCUGCACGCCAGGCAGCCCCGGCGUUGGGCCUGUGUAUCACGUCCUGUGAGCUGGCGAGGGAUGGGUGGGGGGCACUUGUACCGGACAUGAGGGUGUAAAUAUCCAAU